AAUCCUGUCCAUGCCGGCGAUGUUUUGGAACUGCGUGGCUGCCGUGGUUCGAAGAGCUUGGGAAUACCGAUAGGAUUAUAGUCAUAGUUUUGCUGUGAAAGAACCCAGGUGUGUGGACUCAGCGGCGGAUUAGCCAAUGUGUGUUCCAGCCCGUGACGUUUGGAGUUGACACCGAGUGAUGUGUGACUACAUGCGUGUGUGCACAUCCGAGUGAACGAGUGAAGCUAACGCACAUAACACACACACACGUUAAACUUUAGUGGUGGGCUCUGGGGCGACCCUUUCAAAGCCCGAAACAGUGAUUCAGUCUGAAAACUGAUAAGUGACUGGAAGAGAGUGAAUGAGUGGACAUCGCCGAGUCAUCGUUUGAACGCUGAAAUUGCGCAGAAAAGUGACAGAAAUAGAAGAAAAAUAAUAAAAAAGAAAAUCGCGUGUGUCACCUGGACUCUGCGCCAUCAUGGUAAACAUGGCAGGAAGCCCGAGCAGGUAGCGUGACCAGGACACUGCGCUGGGCGUUGCCUUUCAAGACGCUCUCGACAAGUUGAACCGCCUCAACUGUCUCGUAGAUGCGUCUUCGUCACACUGAACGCAAAAAAUUGAGUUACUGAAACUGAAAAAUAUUUACGAAGUGAAAUAUUGACUAGAAAGGACUUGGAAAAAUCUAAGUGUGAUGGUGUCAAGAAUAGAACAAUACUAAAAAAAGAAAACACUUGAAUCACCAUGCGCAUGCGGAGUCGUAGCGUGGCGGUGCCCUCUGCUGCUCACAAUAACAAUAACCACCACAACCUUAACAACAACAACAGUCACGUCAGCAGCGCGGCCACCACCGGCGCCUCUCGGAGUGUUCUCAACAUCCCCGGUGAGCUGAAGCUGCACUACUCCGAGGUGGUGAGUGUGGCCGAAAAGCUCUCCCGGCUCUUCUCGCGCACGCACACCUACCAUGUGCACCGCAGACACAAGACGCUGCGGCAGGAGCCAUCGAACUCGUGGGUGACCGUGCACAACCUGAAGCAGCUGGACGGAGGCAUCCUCGACCCGGACGACCGCCUCAACGACGUGGCCGACGACCGGGAGCAGAUCAUAGCCAUCUACGAUGAGCAGACGCACCAUCACCACCACCACGGCGGAGACGGCACCUCGGCGUCCUCGGACUCGGAAAACCCUUCGCCAGAUAUUUUCCAAGGCGUGGAGCACAAGUUCGCGCCGUUCACCCGCAACGACAUCGAGAUCACCGGCGAGGAGCUGAGCGCCACGCCGCCGCCGCUGCACGUGCGCCGCGGGAGCGAGCCAGCGCUCAACCGCCUGUCGCCCAUCCCGCCCGCGGCCGCCGCCCCGCCCGACCCGACCAAGAGGUGGUCGGCCGCGCCCAUCAUCGAGGACCAGAAUGCGCCGCCCAGCUCCACGCCCAUGAAGAUGGUUAUUCCCCACCUCUAUGUCCAGGACGGCCACAGCUCCUACGAGGACGACAACGUGUUCGUGGACCCUGGGGAGAGGGGGGAGGGCUCGGGGGAGGAGAAGACGCCCUCCUCCUCCUCCUCCUCCUCCCACCACUCCGCCACCACCGCCUUCACCAGAUUCUCUAGAGACACCAAUAGAUGUUCUGUUCAGGUACUGUCCGACAACCCGGCGAUGGCGCGGUGGGCGGACGCGGCGGACCGAGUGGUGGGCACGAGCGAGGGCAGGCGGCGGGAGCCCCUGGGAGGGUCAGCCUCGUCCCCCAUGCACUCCAGGGACCCCUCGCACGACGAGGCGGCCAACAGCAUCCUCGUGGUGCUGAGCAACGACCGAGGCCCGCUGGGCAUCCACGUGAUCCCGAGCACGGACGUGACGGGGCACGACCAGGGCCUGCUGGUGGAGGGCGUAGAGCCGGGCGGACGGAUCGCCCGCGACGGGAGGAUCGAGGUCCAUGACCGGAUCAUCGAGAUCAACGGGAAGCCGCUCAAUAACAUUACUUUCCAAAAGGCUCAAGAAAUUUUCAAAGACGCCAUGUUAACGCCAGAACUUCGACUGCGUGUUGUCAAAGGCCAGAGGCAGGAGUGGUACGCGGGGCAGGCCGCGGAGCUGGUCGAAGGAGAGGAAAAACUCGUCGGAGGAGCCAAGGUCGCCAGCGUCAUGUCCACGAGGAAGGUCCCUCCAGCGUCGCUCUCCUCGCGCACGCAGACCGUGAUCCUACAGAGCAACACGCGCAAAAUCGGACGCAGACUUAACGUGCACCUCACCAAGGGCCAGCACGGCCUCGGCUUCUCGAUAACCACGAGAGACAAUCCCGCCGGUGGAGAGGCUCCCAUUUACAUCAAAAAUAUAUUGCCAAAGGGGGCGGCCAUCGAGGACGGGAACCUCCGAAUCGGCGACCGCCUGCUGGAGGUGAACGGCGUGGAGGUGACGGGGCGCAGUCAGUCGGAGGUCGCCGCCCUCCUGAGGGAGAUCCCCAUCGGAGGGGCGGCUACGCUGGCGGUCUCUCGGCAGGACCAGCGCAACGGAGAGGCGGCGUCGGGGACGGCCGACUCGACGCCGGAGACCGAGAAGCCCGCGAGUCCGAAGCUGCCGAGACAGUUGGUCUCCUACCACCACCAAGACAGUCUCCCCUUCCUCCGCCAGCCGGCGGAGAAAGCAGCGGAGGACAGCCUCAUGUUCCCGUGGAAACAAAGAGAAAUCCUCAUGUUCGAAAUCCCAGUGCAUGACUCCGAAAGAGCGGGACUGGGAGUGAGCGUGAAGGGCAAGACGAGCUCGGGUCCGAACGGCUCGGUCGACCUGGGAAUCUUCGUGAAGAACGUAAUCCAUGGCGGGGCCGCCUCGCGCGACGGCCGCCUCUUCCAGAAUGACCAGCUCGUCAACAUCAACGGGAUGUCGCUCCUCGGCAAGCCCAACAGCGAGGCCAUGAAGACGCUGCGGACAGCGAUGCAUCAGGAGGGUCCAACGCCGGGGAUCAUCUCCCUUACGGUGGCCAGGAGGAUCGACCACAAGGAGAGGUCGAGCCCCUCGUCCAACAACAGGUCAGGUCGGGAGAGUGCCAACAGCCUCCUCACCAACUCGUCUGGCACUGAGACCCUCGGAGGUGCCAAAUCAUCACCAGCAACACCGACCCCUGACCAUUCUGGCACUACUGAUGCAUCUGAUACAACAGUCAUUUUUAAUGACCAUAAGUAUGAUGGAGAGGGCCAUGAAAUAGAUGCCGGUGAUUUUGGCCACAUUAACCCAGUUAUUCAGAGACUAACUGGGAAUAACGGAGCACUAAGAAAUGAAAGUUAUUAUAAGGCAACACAUGACACGUGGAACACCUCCCAGUUGCAACAGCUGGUGAUGCGUGGUGAAAGGGAGUCCAUGGCUGUGGGAGGGCCAAGCCACAAUCCCCUUGGGUCACCGACUGUCAACCUGCCAUCCAGAGACACCCUCAUCAUUCACGACGAUGCCGGUAAUCAUAUGUCAAGAGAAAUUUGUCGCUCUGAUGGUCCUGGGGCCUCCGCGGGAAGCUACAGUGACCACCCAAGUCAGUCCGACGAUGCCUACACAAGCCAAACCUCCCUAGAAGAAAAUGCAGCAGGAUUUUCUAGGGAUCAAUUUGGACGGCAAAGCAUGUCGGAGAAGCGCCACGCCACCCUGGAUGCCAAGAACACCGACACCUAUCAGCGCAACAAGAAAGCAAGAGAAGAGCGAGAGAAACAAAGACAGAUGAUGUUGGCACAAGAGAAGCUGGCCGCGAGUCAGGGCAUGGGGAUGGGAUUGGCUGCUAUGGAGGGUGAAACACGGGAGGAGUUCAAGCCGGGGUCAAGGGAGGUUGGGAUUGACCUGCCCACCCAGGAUCACCCUUCCUUGAAGGCAAAACAGCCAGAACCCUCAAAGAAAUCGAGCCUCAAACCCUCCCUACCAAGUUCUGUUCCAAAGAACCACCAUGCCACCCUUGAGAUCCCGAGACCCAUUCUAAAGCCCUCCCCCAAACUACGCCAGAAGGCCAACACCCUUGUCAAUGCUAGUCCAAAGGCAAAGUCCAAACAGCAGUAUGCGAGGAAGGGGGGUUCUGAGACGCUCGACAGAACCGUGGGAAGGGGGAGCCUCAAGGGGCAUUGGUCUAGGUACCCACGAGGCCCCUUCAGUCCGAUCACACGGAGUCUUGAGAGAAAUCAUAGCAAAGGAAACCAGCGGACCACUUUUGGCCAGGACCUUUCUGCCAUGAUCUCAAACUGGGCUGCCCGUAACCGAGAGUUAUUGAGUCGAGACGCAGCUGUGAUGGGGGGGAAGCUGCUGGUCCGGGCCUCGUCAGACGAAUCUCUCGCCUCUCAAAACCUCCAGCGCACCAACAGUCACGCACAUGAUCAACCCUCCUCCUCUUCCUCUCAGCAUGAGCACUUGCCACCACAGGAUGCCCUUCGAUCACGGCUAGACGUCGGUCCAGGUCUAGGCAUGAAGAAGUCUUCAAGCCUAGAGUCCUUGCAGACAAUGGUUCAGGAGAUGGCACUCGAAGAAGAGGGUCACCGCAUGGGCUCGGGCAGAGUGCCAAGGGGCCGUGGGUGCAAUGAGAGCUUCCGGGCUGCCGUUGACAGGUCUUAUGAUGUCCCUCUCACCGGUUUAAGAAAUAAGAUGGAAACUCAAGAUUUUUUCUCACACGAGGAAUAUUUUGGAUAUUUAGUUGCAGAAGAAGAGUCAGAAUCCAGUGGCUCUGGCUUCGGCAGAGGCAACAGUCGACAGUCAUCAGUGAAUUCUGCUGUCGAUGAUAAAUAUAAGAAAGUUGGCAAGAAGAAGCCAGGAAUCUUCAAAGGACUCGGUUCCAUGUUCAGAUUUGGAAAACACAGAAAGAGUAUCGACAAUCCCAAUGGCCUCAUGAGCAAAGGUGAUGGGGAGGCUGAUCGGUCAGAAGGUCGGACAGAAGUUGACCGUGCAGAGGUUGAGAGGCUAGCAGCGGCGAGACGUCUGCAGCAGGAAGAGCAUGAUCGCAUGCAGGAGCAGUACAGGCGCAUGAUCGAAAACACUGCUCGCAGCAAUCAGCAGCAGCAGCAGCCUCAGAUGAGACCAGAUGAAGGAGAGCCUUCUCGGUCUGAGAGGAUGCAUCAGCUGCGUGCAGAGCACCAGCGUCGCCAUGCACAGAGGAACAGAACAUAUCCUACAGAUGACUUAGAAGAACGAUAUGAAAGUGCGAUUAAACAGGUGCUCGGAGAGAGCGGGGACUCGGAAGCUGACAAGGCUAACAAUAACACGCUUAACUCAACUGACACCAAGCCGCAACGUCUGGACCCCGUCCCGAGUGAGCCCAAGCCAGACAUCCGGCACAUGCGCUCUCACAGCUACGACCUCUAUGGUGACAAUGGUGGUCGGCCCGGGAGUCGCACUGCCUAUGCUGAUCCCCACAAAUAUUCUCAUUAUGUCAAUUAUGAACAGAUACAACAGCAUUUACGCAAAAACAAGGAGCAAGAAAGGCUAAAGAAACUAGCUAGUCAGCAGUACCAAGACUUUCGGGAAAAGCAGACUAGACGGCAGCAGGAAUCCUCCCCUACUACCUUGUUGCACAAAUUGGAGGAGACGUUUAUACACGAGUCAAUAAUUGCAAGCCGAGAAGCGCGAGAGUACCAGAGCCAAAGAGGGCCUCGUGACUCUGCGAGAGAACACCAGCACCGCCCCGUCAGCAACUACUAUGAGUACGAGAGUGUGCAAGCCAUGAUCUCCCAUGCACAGGACAACAAUAGCACCUCCCUGCCUCGAAGACACCACCCUCCUCCUCCUGGACCACCUCCUGCCGCCGCUGCUGCCGUCGCUAAAAAUGCUAGUAAUAACAAUACCGGCCACAACAACAAUUUGUUCCCAGGCGUAUCUCAGCCACACCACAUGAUGAUGUACAAACAGAUCUCUGGCUCCUCAGUCCACAGUACUCAUUCUGCACAUGGAGGACAGAUGGGCAACUACGGACAGACUGUGUCAAACAUGGGGCACAGAGGGCAUAAUGAGCACUCUCGUGACAUGCCCCACCAAGAAGGCCUUUAUGGGUCAAGCUAUCGACCUGCGAGCCACUACACUGGGCCACAUCAUAAACCUCCGCCACCACCACCACACCACCAUACCACCACACUAACAGUGCCAGGUUCCAAAGUGUGAAUAAUGCUGACGCAGGAAUACGUGAAGGUGCUGUAGGACUUUUGUAUGUGUGUGUGUGUAUGUGUGUAAAUAAAUAUUGGCUACUUUCCUAAUCUGAAGUUUAUAAUAAACUGAUUAAUUUAUUGAAAAUCAAAAAUAUAGAUUGUGCAUAAAUAGGAAAGUCAAUUUUAAAAUAUGUAUAUAAUAGUGAAUAUAGUGACAGUGCUGUGAAAACUGGUGUACAAAUAUUUUUUAUUGUAAAAUGUGGGGUGAGCUCCCAUGAACUAUAUAGUGGGGUGUUGUUACUUAAUAUGAAUGCCUGUGUAAACGGUAUACAGAACAGCAUUCCAGAGUGUACAGUGCAUGUCAUCGGAAGGUCAGAAGGUAAACAAUAUCUUCAGUGCUUUAGUAAACCAUUUCUAUAGAAUUUCUAAGGGACCAAAUGAGCCUAGGUUCUUGAAUAUUGUCUUUGUACCUGGAUGAUGUGCAACAGUAAGCCUUCAUAUUUAAUUUAUACUUCUUAUUUUUAAAAAUUAUAAAAUGGUUAAUAAUCAAAGGUAAUUUAAUAUAUCUCAUAGAAAUGAUGGCCUUAUGAGUUCAAGGUUGCAUCAGUCUAAUGCUGUGAGUCAGUCACAAUUGUUUGGAAAAGAAAUUUGAGUGAGGCAGCUCCUAUUUAGAGCUUUGCUAUAUUUUAUCAGUAAGUUAGGUUUAAGCUUUUAAUGAAAUUUUUAUUUUUCAAAAGUGCUCCAAAUUUCUUUGGGUGGUGCCUUAAAUGUUAUAAUGGAUGAAUUUUAAAUCAUCCAUAAAUUAGUCUGUCUAAAAACCCAGGAACUGACUCAUCGCAUGAUUUGUGAAAAUAGGCCAACCUGACACAGUUUCUGUAUGACCUAUGAUAGUGCAUACAUGUAGACAGAGUGAGUGAGAAAGAGAGAUUUUAUAGUCUGUAUAUUGAACAAUAUAUAUUGGGAUUUGUAAGGGAAAAGAAUCCUCUAAAAACAUUUUUAAUUUUUUAUAGAUGACCUGUUGUGCUUUUUAGAGCUUUGACAUAAAAAGAAUCCUAUUUGACAAGUGACUCUUCUAGGCUCUAUUUUAUAUUAUAUUCCCACUCCUGAAGAAUUUAAGGUGUGCCAAAGUGACAAAGAGUUACAUUCCUGGGUAGGCUUCUUACCUGUUCCUCUGGUUGUUCUGGCCUCAUUUGGGGUCACUUACGGCUCUGUCAAUGGUGUACAUAUUUUGUAAAACAAUUUUUGUAUAAAGUCAAGUACAGUGCUUAGGUCUGUAAGAUGCAGUUUUUUAUACUAUGUAAAUUAAGGCAGCUCUGACCUGCUGUGCUGUGUCGUAUUGUGCUCAAGAUGCAGCUCUUGUCUUUUUUUUAUGUAUUUGAAAUUCCUCCAAUACUCCAAAGGAAAAUAAAGGACAAUUUAGUAUAA